GACCGUUACAACUAAGGGCCCUACAUGCGGAACACUGACGCAAGCUUACAUCUCCAACGAUAAAAUAAUGGAGACAGUAGACGUGGAAGAAGAAAGUAUUUUGACAGCAAUAUUCAAGGACGCUUUCCCAGAAAGCUGGCAAAGUGACCCACAGUUUGUACAGUAUCUGUCUGAGCUAAGUUCUUAUGGAGUUGACAAACUUGCCCAAGAGCCAGAGCGGCUUCGUGAAGAGAAGUGUCAGGUGCUUGAGCAGACCCAGAACCUUGCCUUCAAGAACUACAACACGUUCAUCCACACUGCUGAGUGCUCCAGGGAAAUAUUCCAGGAUUUCCAGAUAAUUGAGAGUCAUGUUGGAGAGCUGCUAGAGAAGUUGCCUGUGUUCUCCACUCACUGUAGCCAGGUCCUCAAGAAGGCUCAGGACAUCACCACCAGCCGUCGUAUGAAUUCGAUGACCCUGACACGUCAUACCCAGCUCCUGGAGAUUCUGGAGCUGCCCCAGCUGAUGGAUACGUGUGUCAGAAAUGGGUACUAUGACGAGGCCCUCGAGUUAGCAGCACAUGUGAAGAGGUUGGAGAAAAAACACUCCAACAUACCUGUCAUAGCUAGCAUAGUGGGAGAGGUGAAGAUAUCCAGCCAACUGAUGUUAAAUCAGCUGAUUCAGCAGCUGCGUACAAACAUACAGCUGCCGGGUUGUCUACGGGUGAUAGGCUAUCUGAGACGAAUGGAUGUGUUCACGGAAGUGGAGUUACGAAUAAAGUUCCUACAGGCCAGAGAUUCUUGGUUUCAAACCAUUUUAGACACCAUCCCUAAGCAAGAUGCGUACACCCACAUUACAAAGACAAUUGAGGCAAGCAGGGUUCACAUGUUUGAUAUCAUCACUCAGUAUCGUGCCAUCUUCUCUGAUGAAGAUCCGCUUCUGUCCACAUCCAAACAUGACACACUCAACGAGGGGGCACUCUUCCAUACAUGGAUCGUACAGAAGGUAUCGCAGUUCCUGUCAACCCUUGAGGCUGACCUGGUCCGGGGGGUGGGGGGAAGGCUGGACUCUAUCCUGGGACAGUGCAUGUACUUUGGGCUCUCAUUCUCGCGUGUGGGCGCAGACUUCAGGGCACUCCUACCGCCCAUCUUCCAGCAAGCCGCCCUGAAUGGGCUGAAACAGGCCCUGCAUCAGGCUGAUAUUAGAUUUGAAGAAACAAUGAGAUCCUACAGCCUCCUAUCAGGCAUGGGGAGUGUAAGUGGGUUACCAUACACACCAUCAACGCAGGCUGGACAACUGUAUCCACCAACAGUUCUUCUAGAGUUCACUCCCCUAGCAGCUUACUGCAAUGACAUCCUGUCUGCACUCAAUGAACUGCGCCUGUGCGCCCCCAUCGCUAUGGUUACCUCCGUCACUGAGGCCCUGCAGAGUUCAUAUGGGUCAAUCAACAAAGUCAUACUAGCUUUCCAUCGAGCUGAAGAGACAACAUUUGACAGCCGAGAGAGGAGCAAGUUUGCUGGUUUCUGUGCAGCGUAUUCCCAGAUCCUCCUGCCAUAUAUCAACAAAUGUCUGCAGGCCCUCUACCCUCCCACCCAGCUUGCCCAGGCCCUGGGGAUCACAGUGUCAGAGAUGAACAAGAUGGGUCACAUAGGAAGAGUGGACAUUGCUGAGGCACUGAAGUCACUCAGGCACAUCAUGCCUGAUUUAGAGGUAAAUAUUGCUGCUUCAGACCCAAUUACUGAAAAUCAGCAUGAAAACUUGGCCCAAACGGCUGAAAAUGAACGCCCUGGUUCUGCAGUUGGUGCAGAAAUAGGUGUACUGAAACCCAGUGCUGCUUUGUACCAUGAAGAGCCAAGUCCUAAAAGUAGUGUUAAAGAGGAAGAUGUCCUUUCAGGAGCUGCUGUUAUAAAUCAGAUCAGUGAAAAGGUAGAAAACUUCAGUUUAGCUGAAUCAGAUGAUACAAUUAGGAAAGACCAUAUUGAAACUGAUGAUCUUGGUAUCAGUGAUGUGGCUGAUCAAGCAAUUGAAAGAUCAGUGGUGGCUACUGAUGAAGAAAUAGAUUUAACUGAAAAACCUGACGUGAAGUUCUCUUUAGAUGAAGAUACUGAAGAAGAGAUUGACUUAAACAAGAUUGCAAGUGUGACUACUGAAGAGGGACUUGCUGCAUCAGAGGAAGUAGUGUUUGAAGCAACUGACACUGAUACUGCGCUAGCAGCCCUUGCUAAUGAUGUAUUGCAUAAGAAAGAUUAAACAGAUCAUAUAAAAGAUUGCAAUCACAGCUUGUUUUGUAGCUAAUUAAUGACUAUAAAAAAUAUAUACUUUUAUACUUGGAAAUUAUGAAAUCUCAAGCAUGUGGUCUUAAAUGUGUUUACACAGACCAUGAUUCGAAAAAUGUAUAUUAAGAAAUUUUAUUUAUGUGGCACAUUCUUCUGAAAUUAAUAUUGAUUUGAAAUAGAAUGCACAUGUGUACCUUUAUGCUAGUUGUAUUAAUUGUAUAGUUGUUUUAUAUCAUCUGAAUGAUAUCUUGUUGUAUAUUGCUUGCUUAAAUCUGUUAUUUUAAACAUUCCAGAAUUAGUUUAAAAUCAUAUACUACUGCACUUCUUUAAACAUACAGCAAUUUUUGCAUUGAUUUGUGGUCAGAUACAGGAUUUUGAUUUAAAGGAAUCAGAACACCAGAAAUAUUGACCAAUUGCAAAUAAAGUUCUUAUAUGCAACUA